UUCCGAACUUUUCAGCUGGAACCGUGUCGUCCCGGAAGUUAUCGACGCCACAUCAGCCCCAAAACUCCCCGCAUCCGCCGGCCCACCACGAGACGACGGCACGGCUCCGCUCCUUCUCUAUCGCGGAAUCAAGCAGGACCCCUCCGGCCCCCCGCCGCCGCGCAGCCGCUCAGGUGCUUGAUUCAGCCUUCUCUUCUGCUGAAAAUUUGUUCGAUGCUUCGAAUCGAUUAGCGGUUAAUCCUUGCUCUCGGCCCGCCUGCUAGUUUAGGAGGUGCCACGUCGUGUAAUUCGAGUGGAAUUUAGUCGCCCCUUUACUUUCCCCCGCCCCGCGGCUGGAGGAUUUGGCGUUUGGCCGCUUCAGUGCUAUGGAUCGUCGGCGGCCUAUGGUGAACUGUCUUCAGUUGUUCGUGGAUUCUUGCAUCGUAAAAUAAUCUGGCCUGUUUUGUUUGGUCGAACUCUAUGUAGUAUGGGCCUAUUGUUUGUUGUAGCCCUGAGAAAAAAACAUUGCCUUGCAGAAAUGAUACUUCUAUAUUUCUUUUUCUUCUAAGAAUGGAAAUGAUACUGCUAAAGCGCUGAAUUCCUUUGAGUUUGGAACGUUCUGUUGGUUGUUGACACGUUUAUUCGUGCUCGAAUCUUUUAUGACCAGGAAUACUUACUUUAGCCAAGGUGACUUUGCAGAUUUAAUUUGUCAUUCAUCUGAUUAUCAAAAGGAAAAAAAAAGAUCCUUCAUUCGUAUGCAAGGGCUGUCUAUUUGGUUAUUCUUGCAAAUCACUACUCAACGUGCGGCUAUUCGUUUGUUCCAUCAUUGUUUAUGAAUGGAUUGAUCUUUAUACAUUCGUUUUGCAGAUAGUGAACUUUAAGCUCUAUUUGGAAUGAUAAUUUAUUUCACGUUCUUGGCAUGCUGAGUCCUAUAGUGAACCUGUUGUUAUAUGAUGUUGAGGUCUAAGAGUUUAGAAGGUCAACAAAGUGUUAUCAGCUUCCAUGAGGGUCAAUCUUGGUCUCGUUUUGCCCUUGAUGGACAAAUACACCGCGCCCACAUGGGCCAUACUGAUAUCAGGAUUCUUCAUGCUGCUUUCCGUUUCCCUCUCGAUGUACUUGAUAUUUGAGCACCUCUCGGCAUACAACAAUCCAGAGGAACAGAAAUUUGUUCUUGGUGUUAUCUUAAUGGUCCCUUGCUAUGCAGUUGAAUCAGUAAUAUCUCUAAAACAACUUAUAACUUUCGGGGCUCUAGUUCUUCUAGUUGCUUAUUUAAUGAUCUUUGGUACCCCUCUGCAACAGUACGUUUCGUUAGUAAAUCCGGACACUAGUGUCUACUGUGGCAUUCUGCGUGAUGGCUAUGAAGCAUUUGCUAUGUAUUGCUUUGGAAGAUAUAUUACUGCUUGUUUAGGUGGUGAAGAUAGGACGAUUGCAUUUUUGAAGAGGGAGGGCGGCGAAGAUUCUGGAGAACCUCUUUUGCAUCAUACCUCCGAAAAGGGAAUCAUUCAUCAUCAUUUUCCUGUGAAUUACAUAUUGAAACCAUGGAGACUCGGUGUGCGGUUUUACCAGAUUAUCAAAUUUGGUAUAUUUCAAUAUGUGAUUAUAAAGACACUCACGGCUAGCUUAUCUCUUAUCCUUCAACCUUUUGGUGUAUAUUGUGAUGGAGAAUUCAAUUGGGGAUGUGGAUAUCCUUACUUUGCUGUAGUCCUGAACUUCAGUCAGUAUUGGGCCCUAUACUGUUUAGUGGAAUGGUACACAGCUACUAAGGAUGAAUUGGAACAUAUAAAACCUUUGGCUAAAUUCCUUUCCUUCAAGUCAAUAGUAUUUUUGACUUGGUGGCAGGGUGUGAUAAUUGCUAUCAUGUAUUCUUUGGGCUUGGUUAGAAGUCCGUUAGCACAGAGCUUGGAGUUAAAAUCAAGUAUACAGGAUUUUAUCAUAUGUAUAGAGAUGGGCGUAGCAUCAAUUGUUCACCUGUAUGUGUUCCCUGCAAAACCUUAUGAGCUAUUAGGUAAACAUCAUUCACCUGGGAACAUUUCGGUACUGGGGGACUACGCCGCCUCUGCUCCUGUGGAUCCUGAUGAGAUAAAGGAUAUCUCUCGGCCUACCAAAAUGAGGUUUCCACAGUUGGAACCUGAUGUGAUAAAUGCAACUAAUAUUAAAGAGAGUGUUCGAGACUUUGUAAUUGGUAGCGGAGAAUAUGUGAUAAAAGAUUUUAAGUUCACUGUUAACCAAGCAGUACGCCCAGUGGAGAAGCGGUUUGAUAAAAUGAAGAAGAACAUCAAGUUCAGGCAGAGCCGGGACGACAAUUGGGUGAGCGCAUCCACACCAGAGAGGACAAUUCGUGGUAUUGAUGAUCCUCUCAUAAGUGGGAGCACUAGUGACAGUGGGAUCAGCAAAGGGAAAAGGCAUCGCAGAGAUUCAAGCUUAGCUGGUACCGUGGACAGUUGGGAAGGUAGUGAUCAGGCAUCUGAUGGCUAUGUCAUACGGGGUCGCCGUUGGGAAAUUAGGAGAUCAUGAUCCUCUUUUUGUACUUCUACGGUGAAGCCUUGGAGAUUGUACAGUUUGGCAAUUGGUACAUAAGCUGCCGGUGACUUGCUUGAUUGCUGGUAAAUUUUGCUACUAGCAUGAAAUUUGGUUGUCAUACACUUGCUGAACCUUUUAUGUGGUAAACUGGUAGAUUGUGUACGUAGAACACCAUUUCUGUCUUGUAGAUUCCUGCUGUCAUCCGCGGGCAAUGAAUUGUACGUUCUUAGUGCUGAAAUUAGCCACUAAAGUGUGCUUAAGUUGUUUUACACUACUCCCUCAAUAUCCUUUUUGUAAGGUGUGUAUAUAAAUUUAUUAUUGCUGUAAGUAAAUUUGACCUUUUCCGUUCUGAAUUCACAACACUACUACUCA